CCCGACGAAACCUCGAAUACCACCACCAAUUGAACAAACAACGAGCACACAGCACUACAACUGUGGUGAAGCUUCUAUCCGAAUCCUUUGCGUACGCGUUCACCUUCCGUCGGACAGACCAGACCUGAGCGUAGAACACUGCUAACGUCGAAAACUUCGAAGCCUCUUCUAGCGUUCCGGAUUGCAACACGGCAUCCAUACUCCAGAGGGAUUAGCUGCCAAUGACCUCACUCCUAUAAUCGCCUCCAUUUGCUUCGCAGAUUGGGACCACGAACUUGCGGACAACAACCUCGAAAGACGCAAUGGCGCCCUCGGCCAAAGAAAAUGGAGGCGGCAACGCUCGACGCAAGAGCUUCAAUCCUCUCUCUCGAGCUUCGCCGAAUCACCUUCCUCAGAUCAAUACCGAUGUUGGAAACAUGAACGCAGAUGAAGGAGAAAAGAAAGACAAGAAGAAACUGGGAAAGAGGACUUCGAUCUUUGGUCUGGGUCAGAUCUCCAGCCCAGAUGUAUUGGAAGGGGGAAUGAGUCCUGUGAGGAGCAGUUCUACUCUUGAUUCACCAAAAACCCGGCCUCGAACACUACAAAAGGGAAGACCAUCAUCCAUCUUCGGGUCGCUCGGAAGGAAAUCUGUCAACCACAUGGAAGACGAAAUUACCUUUGCUGCUGGAUCACCGAUCUCGCCAGCAGGAAGUGGCGAGAUGUCAGGGAACUCCUCGUUCAGCCGGAAUGUCCUGUACCACGGAGAAGUCCAAACUGCGACCACCAUGUUUAGGAAGAAGAAGGAAUAUUUGGUGCUGACAGAUACGCAUAUCCUGCGAUUCAAGAGCCAAAAUCGCGCGUCUGAGACAUUUCCCCAGAUUCCGAAUCAGUUUGGUCGAAGUCAUAAUGCGCGCCACCCUUCGUCGACGUCGAUAGGAUCCUUGCAAGAAGUUCAGUCUGCGACCUCUCACCACUCGGCCGAGCUUGACAAUCGAAUUCCUCUGCAGCAGGUUGUGACGAUUUACAAGGUUGAGGAUGGCAGACCAUACUUCACGAUGGAUGUAGUGUAUCUGGAUGAGGAAGUCCAUGGGGCAGGCUCUCUGCAACUUAUACUUCAAGAUCCCAAAGAAGCUGAUCUUUGGCAUACUUCAAUUCGAGGUGCUGCGAUAAAGGCGAGGCUGCUCAUGACUGAGCCUUAUCCCGAAAGAGUGAUUCGUUAUCUGGUGGCUGCGGUUGAGGCUGUGGACGAUUAUAGUCCUAAUUGCUUCCACAUCUUCCGCGUGGUACGAAGACUAUCGGCAUAUAAAGGUCUUAGGGCUUCACAGGAUGACGUGCAGAAAAUCGGAAAUGCGGUCUAUUAUCUGGUAGUCGGCAUGCAUCUAGUUCAUCUCAUUCCCCUGCCCGACUUUCAUUCGCCAAAAGAAUUGGAACUUAAAGGGAAGAAGAGUCGGACCUCAUUUGGGAUUGUGUCAUUGGUCAGAGUAUGGGUUAAUUACGAUGAUGACCGAUUUCAGCUCGAGUGGAGAAAACCUCUGAUGCCUGCCGAGAUCCUGGAACUGGCUAGUUCUGGAAAUCCGGACAUUGGGUACUCGAUCUUGAAGGUGUUUCAUUACCUGAAACCUCAAUGGCUUGAUACUACUUAUAACUAUCGGGGACCUCGGCCUAUUGCAGAAGUUUCUGACCUGGACGUUUCGCCAAACUACGACUAUGGAUGCUUCGAUCGUACUGUCACAGCAUACAUGAUUGCUUACGGCUGCGAUCCUAGCAAUCUACAAUACGCAGUUGAUACUGAAGCUGAUUUCAGUCCAGAGUUCCACCUUUGUCCUCCACGAUACUCGCAGAGAUACACAGCUUUGGAGCUAUUGUGUGUCUUCCGAUCCCUGAGGUACAACGAGACGUUUCGAGCCAUCUCGUUUCGAGGUAUCAAUUUGCACGAUUUGCAUGGCGUUUAUGACGUGGGUUAUGAACAUGUGGCGAUCACAACACGUGGUGGACUCAACAUCAAGAAGUAUAUGAAUAUUGACCCCACGAGGAAGACAUUACUUUACAUGGAAAUUCAAGCCUUGAUCCUCAAAUCCUACAAGUUACAGAGACUGGACUUUGCCAACUGCCUACCGAAAAGAGCGCCUCAGGAGGUCUUCGACAUUGAAGAAGAGACGACAGGAGAUCAUGAUCCAGGGUGCGAGAUUGUUGAGGCACUGAUGCCAAUUGGCAUUGCUGAACUUCCAAGCGUCACCUGGCUCGUCUUGAGUGGUAUUGGGCUUGGCGAAGGCGACAUUGAAUUCAUGCGCGCGUCAUUACACAAGCCUCAGUCGAGAAUUAGAGCAAUCGAGAUGUCUCAGUGCAAACUGGACGAUAGACUUAUCAAUCAGAUGAUCUCACAUCUUGAACGACAAUAUACCAGCAUGGAAUGUAUCGACCUUUCGAACAAUCCCGGACGGAUCAAUCUUGAAAGCUUUCAGAGAUCUAUGAGUCGAUAUACGAAUUUGCGAGUAAUCAAUUUCUCGAAAACGUUCUGGACAACAAGCACAGAAUCUAUACUCAUCCCGAAGGUAAUGCUGACAUGGAAACUCGAGCAGUUGCAUCUUGAUGGGAUCUCGCUCAACGCUAAUACCCUCGAUGCCAUCUCGACUUAUCUAGCCAGCGAAGCUUCCAACAAUCUUCAGAUCCUUCACUUGAAUCAGUGCAAUCUGACUGGCAGUGAUGUUGCAUUUCUCAUGCAUGCCAUGUGCAGGUACCCAGGAGAAGUGCGCGAUUUCGAGCUUCACGUUGAUUCUAACAAGCUUGAGAGAGGCAUCUCCGAGAUCAUCAAAGCCAUCAUGAUGCAGCACACACCCUCCAAAUUUUCUAUGCGGAUGAUCGAGUUCGCGAAGGAGGACCACUUUAGGCAGCUAUUGAGAGCAUUACGAUUCAACCAUACGAUCCGUAGAUUGGACAUCUCUACGGCUUCCUUGCCACAGGAUGCGAAUGAAGAGACUUGUGAGGAGUUGCGGUUGCUGUUCCAUGACAACAAGACAUUGGAUUAUUUCGAUAUCUCUGGAGAACAAUCUCAUUUAGAAACUACACGUUUCGGCAUUGGCCUCACAUAUGCUUUGACUGGACUGAUUGGCAAUACCACUCUUCGGACUCUGCGAAUCGAGUUCCAGAAUCUAGGUGCUAGAGGCGCUGAUACGCUUGCUUCUGUAAUCGAGCAAAAUACUGGCCUUCAAUCUAUCUACUGUGAUCAUAACGAGAUUACGCUCCAAGGAUACACGUCUAUCGUCAAUGCUCUCACUAAGAACUACACACUAUUGGUACUUCCGUUCAUGAAAUCCGAUGGUUUCAACGCAUUGAAACAACUACACCUCACAUCUACAGAUUAUGAGGGGGAACACUCCUGGAACACGCCGGUCAAGCCUGAUCCAACCAAGCCGCCGACUCUCCGCCAAAAGCUUCAAAUCAUGGGUCUCGGUGCUCAGAAAGUGAAGAAAGAUACGACGCCCCAGGAUGUUAUCGAUGCCGCUCGGCUCUUAGGAGUCGAAUGGGAUCUCCAGAUGCAACGUGCGGUGAAGCUAUUGCAACGGAAUGCUAAAAUCCAAUCAGGUGAUGAAGGUUAUGACACUGUGGACGAAGCAAAUGCUAGAAUGGAUGAAAAGGAUUUGAGGCCAAAUACUGCGAUCAGCGAAGGCACGAUUCUCGAUCAAGCGAAGAAUAACACGACUCCUAGGGUCGAACUGAAGGAUCCAUAUGAUGUCACGACGAGUGCGAUUAGUCCUUCGACUACUCUUGCAAACAAUGUGAGAUCCUCGGAGGACACGAAGACUAGUUCUGAGGAGGACGAAAUGCUCACGAUUGGGAAGCAUGCCCGGAAAAUCAGAGUUAGGAAUCCAGAGCCCUCGGAAUGGACUCUGAAAGGAAAGGAUGAGAAAACCAUGGUUCAUUACCAGGAAUUGGAUGGAACACCCAUUCCUCCUCCCCAGGAGUUGGAUGGAAACAACGUUCGCUACUUGGAUGUGGGCACCAAGAAGCUAUCUUUCGAGGAAACGGAAGGUAGUCCCGAAACCCGACUUUCCAUCCGCCCAAAUCUGGGAACAAAAAGCGAAGAAUUAGGAAAAAAGCUAGACGAAUUCUCCUUCAAGGAAGUCGAUGAUGAGAAAACUCUCUACCCAGGCAUGGAGGUAGGUCUAGAUAUCCGCCGCUCGCGAUCAGAUGGUACGGAUUUCUCUGUCCCGUCAAACUCUUCUUCCUCGGGCGUGCCGGAACUAAGAUUACCGACCGAUGAGAAGAUCUUCGAGCUGAGCGAGGAUGAGAGGGCUAUUUUUGCGGGGUUGGAGUCUUGAGCGUUGCAGUCUCUUUUGUUUGGAUCUUAUUGUGUGUGGGUGCAUUUGAGAAGGCGUUUGCUUGCUUGCUUGCAUUAGAGGGUUGGGUUGGAUAGAUGGUGGAUUGGGGGAGUUUGGGUGGAUGAUUUGCAUUUCAUGGGGGGAGUUUUGAUGCAUAGCAUGGCGUAUGGAUGGUCGAUGGUGGGAGGGGUUGAUUUUCAACGAGCGGGCGGACAUACAGCACGCAGAUAAGAUGGAUAAUGUUUGAUGGAUUGUUUGAUAUGAAUUUGGUGGUGGUGAUGGGUUGGACGUGGUGGAUGGGAGAUGGAUGGAGGUGUAUGAUUGUGUAGUUGAAUGAUAUCCAAUGCUAUACCUAGCUUUUGAGCAAUGAACAGAACAAAAAACUAGAGCUC